AUGGCUAGCAAAGAGAUUACAAUAUUUAUUGUCGAUUUAUCGCCUUCUAUGGCAAAUAAAUCAAAUGGACGUAAUAUUAGUGAUUUAGAGUACGGAUUAAAAUACUUUUAUGAUAUAGUAACCAACAAAAUUCUAAGAGGGAGGAAAACUGAUUACAUUUCGGUUAUUACAUGCCACUCCAAUAAAACUGAUAAUCCUUUCGCCAGUGAAGAUUCAUUCAGAAACAUUGAAAUAGUUUCGAAUAAAAUUGCACCAACGUAUGAUGAUCUUCGGAGAUAUAAUAAACUACUUCGCCCGAACAUGACAGAAAUGACUGAGGACGAGGGUGACUGUUUCGAAAGUAUGUUGGUUGGAAUUGGCCUUUUGAAGGAUACUCAUAAGCUUAAAUUCAUACGGAAUGUUGUGGUUAUAACUAAUGCAGAGACUAAUAUUAAAUCAUUUGAGACAAAAAUUGCGGAUGCAACCCGAAAUGCUAUAAAUGAAAUGAAUGUGAAUGUUGUACUCAAUGGGAUUGAUUUUGAUAUUGAUGGGUUACAUUACCCCCACAAGUCUCGAGAAAAGGCUAAAAAUGAGUCAGGCUGGGUCUCGGUUUUUGACACAUAUAAAACAAGCAAAGUCUACACUACAGCACGAAUAGUAGAGUCAAUAAUACAUAACCCUCCGCUCAAGAAAGUUAAACCGAUGAGAGCGUUUAAAGGACAAUUGAGGUUUGGGAGCGAUCAUUGUAACAAAAAUGAAAAUUCAGAUUACGUUCCAGAUCUCGAUCAAACUUGCAUUUCCUUAAACGUAGAACUUUACCCUGCUCUUAAAGCUGAAAAGUUGCCUAGCGGACAUCAAUAUAAGAUAGAUCCUGAAAAUAAUUCUGUUGAUAAAACCAAAUAUUCUAAGGAUUAUUUCAUCAAGCUGGCCUCAUCUAAGGACGAAGCAAAUGAUAAUGACGAUGAAGUUCAUAAGCGGCGAUAUGUUGAUGAUGAGGAAAACGCAGGCGAUUUAGAAUCAGUUUCUGUCAAUGUUGAUGAAUGGACCGAUGGCUUCAAAUAUUCAAACUAUGAUCUCUUAACUCUUGAUGAAGAUUUGCUCAGCUCGGCAAAGCUUGCUUCUAGUCCAGGCAUGGAUAUUUUAGGAUUCAUAAAAAUAGAAGAUUUGCCUUAUGCAUAUUUGACAGGUGAAUCUUACUAUUUAUUGCCAGAAUCGUCUUGCUCUUAUAAGAAUAUUGUUGGCUUUAAUGGCUUGUGUCAGUCAUUAAUUGAUCUUGAAGGUUUGGCGAUAGUAAGAUACGUUCAAAAGUCUAAUGAUGAAAUUAAUGUUAGUGCCUUAAUACCUUCAAAGAUUAGGGUAAAUGAAAGAUUUGUAUAUGCAUUUAUGUUAAUACGAUUGCCAUUUAAAGAAGAUGAGAAAAUAGGAAAAUUUCCUUUACUAACUUCCAUCAAAACAACAAGUGGAAAAUCCUUUACAUCGAAUAAUGACUUAUUGGAUGAUAACCCAAUUAAACAAGAGCCUGACGAAGAUUCAUCGCGUGAUACGAAUCUUCCAAGUACUACAACUAACGAAUUAAUGGAAUCAUUUAUUUUAUCUAAGGAUUUAGAUAGAAUAGAAAGGAAGAACACUCAUUCAGAUAAAUUCUUCGUGGAAAAUAAUAAGGUAACUCUAUUUAAUGAUUCUUUAAUAUCGUUUCCAAAGUUAUCUAACUUUGGUAUCUCAUCAAGAUUGUUGGUUUCAUCUCCGGCGGUUCACAAAUUCAACCUAAAUAUCAAAAAAAUUAUCACUAAAUCCUUGGAACAUAGAAAUCUUCACGAAUACUUGAACGAUCCAAAUUUUAUUCAAAACAAUUUAAUUUCUAAUAAAAAUGAUAGUUUUGGCUCUUCAACAAAUCUCUUUAAUUUGUCUAAUAUAUUGAAAACAAAUUCCACGGCGAAUGAUGACUGGCUAGCUGAUAUCAACGAAAAUUCUAUUGAUGUUGCAAAAAGGCUUAUAAAAGAGCUUGAUACUAAGUAUGUAAAACAGGAGGAUGAAGCGAAAAAGAAACGUAAAAUGACAAAUAAUAAUAACUUGAACGAUAUGUUUAUGAUGAAAAAUGCCCAGGGUAAUUACGGUGCUGGUGAAGGUGAAUAUGAGGUAUUGCCAGAUAUUAAUGAUCUCUUAAAUUAA